CUCGUUUUUUUUCUGAAUGGCAGCCAUGGCUCCUCCACCAACCGCGGUGGACGAUGAAGAACGCUUACCCAUGCCCUCGCGGAACCCGCUUCCCCUGUCCGCCGCGCAGGAAGCGCAGGUGCGAGAACUGUACCAUUCACGCGUGCGGGCCCAUUGCGCGGAGGAAAUCAGAUUGUUUGCGGAGUGCGCUCUGGGCCGCACCUUCACGGCGCCGUUCAAAUGCCGAGCUAGAAAUCGUGAGAUGAACACCUGUAUGGUGGCACAUGCCACGCCGGCCGAACAAGACGCUGCGAGAGAAGAGUGGUUCGCGACGAGGUUAAAGCGGCAGAAGGAGCGUGAGGCUCGAGAGGAGAGGAGGAAGGAGCAAGAGAGAUUUCACAGGGAGUGGUGGGGCCUUCCCAUCGAGGAUCGUGAGGGGCAGAAGGGGAGGGAUAUCAUCAAGAAGGCAGAGCGCGUGGGAGGCUUUCCAAGAAGGGAUGAAGGCCAGCCAAGCAAGGAUCGGCAUAGAUGAGCGUGGGGAAGAAGAGAAAAGAAAAAGCAUUUGUAUGGAGCUUGAGCUUGUGCAUGGCGUUUUGGGAUGGCAUCUAUUUUUUCCUGCGCUGAGGGAGCGCAUGUGUAAGUUAGGAUGUACGUUUGGGUUAUAAGAAAUCACCAUUCUGGUUGCCAGGUGAUGUGGCUCAUUUUCAUUCAAUGUGUAGCAGUGGUGGGUGCACAGAUUGAUAGCUGACAAAUCCUAAGGUCAGCGGCGGGAAG